AUGGCGCAUCUCAGCUCCGUGGUCGCCAACGCGCUGGCCGCCCUCACCAAUCCCGGUCCCGAAGAUUCUAUCCUCGAAUGCUGCGACAACGAUCUUGCUGCAGUACGUGAGCUUCUUUUGAAGAACACAGACCGUGCACUUGAGCUUGCCGACGCAAAACUACGCGUUUUCCCAUUCAAAGAUGUGAAGACAUGCUGGCGAAGACUCUACACGGACGCGAGCAUUGCGAAGGUGUGUCUGGCUAUCUGCAGCAACUGUGGCUUCUCGUGCGACGGAACAUCGGUAGACAACAAUUCUGGAAUUGCAGAUGGCACUGAAAAUGCGGCAAAGCUCGACCAAACCGCAAGCAAAAAUGACCAAACCGAGUACAAACUUGACCCCGACGCGCCAUGGCUCUUGUCCUCAAUCCAUACCCUCGACAAUGCACUGAUUAUGACGGGGGCACCCCUGCGUGAAAACCUGGUCGAAUCGCUCUUCUCCGCUCUUCACUUCGCUACAAAAGCAUACAGCGAAGGGAAGAGGGGUCCGCGCUCCAUCCAAGACCACCCCAGUGAUUCAGAGCUCGACGCUCAGGCCUUUAAACGCAGGAAGCUCUCGCCGCCGCUCUUCCCUCCCGAUGCUGUGCCAGCGACGACCUUGGAACAUCCUAUCCCUCGGGUCUCUGCACCGUCCUUCGACGCCAUCGAACACCAUAUCCAGCACGUCAGAACACCACUGGUGAUCACCGACGCCGUGGACCACUGGCCUGCGCUGUCGACCCGGCCCUGGGCGUCACGCGACUACUGGUUCGAUCGUACACUUGGCGGCCGCAGACUUGUCCCCGUGGAGGUGGGCAGAUCCUACACGGACGAAGGAUGGGGCCAGCGAAUCAUGGAGUUUCGAGAAUUCGUGGACAAGUUUCUCUGGAGGGGAGAAGGCAAGACAUCUGGGGCUAGGAAGGAGUGCGAGGACGACAGCAACGAUACAGGCGAAACGGGGUACAUGGCUCAGCAUGAUCUGCUCUCGCAGAUCCCGGCUCUCCGGAAAGACAUCUGCAUCCCCGAUUACUGCUUCAUUGAGCCUCCCUGCCCGGAGCCAGGGACGCCAGUGUACCUCAAGAAGCAGCGAGAGCGAGAAGAGAAACUGAAAUCCGGCAAUGCCUCGUCAGGCGGCAGCGAAACGCAUACAAUGUCGCACGAGCAGCAACGGCAUGAGAACGCAGCGUCCGACGACGAGUCCUCCGUCCUGGGUGUCCCCAGCGACCCGAUCAUAAACACCUGGAUAGGCCCCGCAUGGACUAUAUCUCCUCUCCACCAUGAUCCAUACCAUAACAUCUUGGUCCAGGUGGUCGGCGCGAAGUACAUUCGGCUCUACUCGCCUCAUACGCCGGCCUCACAGAUCUAUCCGAAGGGCAUGGAGGCCGUCAAUUCAUCGUCCGGGUCCAAUGCCACAGCAGGCCUAUCUGAUACCACCCAGCUGCAAGGAAAAGGCUCGGAAGCCAGGGUCGACAAGCAGACGCAGCUCAUCGACAUGUCCAAUACUUCCCAGGUUGACCUGGCUGCCAUUGAGCUCUCCCCCGCCGAGUCCGAACAGUGGGAUGCGAUGUGGCCGGGCUUCUUGGAGGCUGAGUACGUCGAGACUGUGCUGAAGGAGGGGGAAUGCUUGUAUAUUCCGGUGGGAUGGUGGCAUUAUGUUCGUGGUGUCAAGGCUGGGAUUAGUGUCAGUUUCUGGUGGGAAUAG